AUGAAGGGCCUCAACCUGCUCUGCUGCUGCGUGGCCUCGCUCCUGCUCCUCAGCACUGCAGAGCCACGCACCCCUGGCAUGGACCAUGUUGGUGGUGCUGCCGAAAGCCCCUUGCCAGCUGCAGAGCCCAGGCUGGAGGAGAAGGCAGACGAUGGCAGCCCUGAGGAGAACAAAGAUGGUGGCCCCGCCAACACCUCCUUGCUUGGUGCCACUGAGGAGGGCCCUGGAGAGGGGCAGGAAGAGCCGGUGGGUGGCCUGAGCGGGGACCUGGGGCCAGGGCACGGACAGACAGAGGAGACCACCAAAGAGAAGAGCCAGGAGGGGCCCAGCGAGGCACAGGGCCCAGGGGAGGGUGCCAUGUUGGGCACUCCUGAGGCUGCGCACCAGGAAGGGAAUCACGGGCCUGGCCCACAAAAUGUCUUCCAUGCCCAGGAGGGCGAGGAGCCCAGCACCAAGAAAGGAGCCUCUGAGAAGCAAGGGCAGCCUGGGGAAGAGAAAAUGGAGAAGCCAAGAUCAGUGUCUGCUCGUAAGGGGGGAGAGGAAGGGGAUGAGCAGAGCUCAGAGGAAGAAGACGAGCAAGGGGAGUCUGAGGAAGAUGGAGGCAAGGAAGAGUCCGAGGAGGAAGGAGAGUCCAAGGAAGAGGGAGAGUCUGAGGAAGAUGGUGCCAGGCCAGCGGGGCCAAAGAAUGGAGCUGAAGAGAGUGGCAAGAAAGCGGCUAGCACUUCCAGCAAAAAGGGCAAUGGCAAACCAGCAGCUGCCAGCAAGGGAGAAGCCAGGGACGGCCCUGUCAGCUGCCAUCACCCACCCUGUGGGGCUGUAGCAGAAGACCCCCCAGCAGCAUCGGAAGACCCGCCAGCAGCAGAAGACCCACCAGCAGCGGUGGAAGACCCCCCAGCAACAGAAGACCCACCAGCAGCGGUGGAAGACCCCCCAGCAGCAGCAGACCUGCCAGCAGCGGUGGAAGACCCCCCUGCAGACAAGCCAUCGCUGGCAGAAACAGAGAGCCCACCCAGCCACAGCACCUACCCCGCUGCCGCCGAGCUCCAGCACAGCCAGAGAGAAGAGGUUGAAGAAACCAGCGAACCGACCAAGCGCGACCGGUCCCACUUGGAGAACACUCUCAAGCUGAAUGAGGACAAACCUGCUGAUGAUUUCUCAGGAGUACUGCAGCGGCUGAGGAAGAUCUACCACUCCUCCAUCAAGCCCCUGGAGCAGUCCUACAGAUACAACGAGCUGAGGCAGCAUGAGAUCACAGAUGGGGAGAUCACUUCCAAGCCAAUGGUGCUAUUCCUGGGACCGUGGAGCGUUGGCAAAUCCUCCAUGAUAAACUACCUCCUCGGGCUGGACGACACUCCCUACCAGCUCUACACAGGGGCAGAACCCACCACCUCCGAAUUCACUGUCAUCAUGCACGGCCCCAAGCUGAAGACCAUCGAGGGCAUCGUGAUGGCUGCUGACAGCGCCCGCUCCUUCUCACCCCUGGAGAAGUUUGGGCAGAACUUCUUGGAGAAGCUGAUAGGGAUCGAGGUGCCCCACAAACUGCUGGAGCGAGUCACCUUCGUGGACACGCCGGGCAUCAUUGAAAACCGCAAGCAGCAAGAACGAGGUUACCCGUUCAAUGACGUGUGCCAGUGGUUCAUUGACAGAGCUGAUCUCAUCUUUGUUGUCUUUGACCCUACAAAGCUGGAUGUGGGCUUGGAGCUGGAGAUGCUCUUUCGCCAGCUGAAGGGCCGUGAGUCUCAGAUCCGAAUCAUCUUGAACAAAGCCGACAGCCUGGCCACCCAGGAGCUCAUGAGAGUCUACGGUGCCUUGUUCUGGAGCCUGGCUCCUCUCAUCAAUGUCACAGAGCCGCCCAGGGUGUACGUCAGCUCUUUCUGGCCCCAGGAGUACCAUCCAGAUACCCACAAAGACCUGUUCCUCAAAGAAGAGAUAUCGCUCCUGGAAGAUCUCAACCAGGUGAUCGAGAACAGGAUGGAAAAUAAGAUUGCCUUCAUACGCCAGCACGCCAUCCGGGUGCGCAUCCACGCCCUUUUGGUCGAUCGCUAUCUACAGACCUACAAGGACAAAAUGACCUUCUUUAGUGAUGGAGAACUGGUGUUCAGGGACAUUGUGGAAGAUCCUGACAAAUUCUAUAUCUUUAAGUCCAUUCUGGCAAAGACCAAUGUCAGCAAAUUUGACCUCCCCAACCGCGAGGCUUACAAGGACUUCUUUGGCAUCAACCCCAUCACCAGUUUUAAGCUGCUGUCUCAGCAGUGUUCCUACAUGGGAGGGUGUUUCCUAGAGAAGAUCGAGAAGGCCAUCACUCGUGAGCUUCCCGAUCUCUUGGGAAGCAUCGGCUUGGGAAAGAAGCCCAACAUUCUCUCCUGCGACGUCACUGGCUGUGGCGAAACCCCAAAGAAUCGCUACAGGAAACCCUAAGGUGUUCUGUAAUGUAACCGUCCAUGUGUUCCUACCAGUGAAUGAGCUUAUGUCUUAUCUGUCCAAGAAGCCGUGGUUUGUUAACCCUUUGAGUGCCACACUGGCAAAGGCUACUGUACGAUGAGGACUUUGAGUCAUUGACAUCAAUGGCAGGGGAAGAUGGGUGGGCAUAAGAAAGAGAAUAAAAACUGUGAAUUCCUGACAUUUUAUCUUUGUUCUUUCGAGUAGAAGGCAAUGUUUAAGCUGUAAAUAUGAGCAAUGCACGGUGAGCUAGAACUGUAGCUGCUUUUUCACUGGUGCCAAGAGUGCAUGAAGAGGAAUUUCAGCCUCCGUGUCCCCGAAGCCAGCAAAGAGUGAGAAUGAGGCCACAACAUGAGAGCACAGGGGAGACACACUAACCUGGGGCAUCACCGGGAGCCCCAGGGAAAAGUGCUGGGCAAGAAAAGAGAGGCCAAGUCCCAGCUGUUGUUUUCAAGCACAAACAUCCUACAGACCUCUUCAAAUACUGAUAUUGUUUUCCUUUCCAAGAAAUUUAGGUCACCCAGUGAGUUCUCCUUUCAUUUCACAGCUGAGUUGAACUUCUGCAGCCUUCACCUGGGUGUUUGCCUUAAGAGGGGUCUUUUGCAGGGGCAUUUGUAGCUCCAGACAGGUAGCUGUGAUAGGAUUUG